AUGAUCAGAAGCAUAGCGCUAAGAUGCAAAAAUAACACAAAAGUAAACGGGAAAUGGAAAAUUAGUAGUAAUGUAGAUUAUAAAAGAGUAAAAUUCAAAUGGGACGAUAAAUAUUUUUCGUUAUGUAUUUGUGAUUUAGUACCAAGUAAUAAAAAUAAUGUAGAAGAAUUAGAGAUGAAAAAUAUGAACAUAAUUAAAGAUAUAACGAAAACAAAAUAUGACUUUGUCAUAUUUGGAAUUGGAUAUUUGGACUCUGAUAAAAUAUUAAAAUCUUUUAAUAGAGCUGAUUUACUUCAAACGAAGAGGAUUGAUUCGAUUCACUCAAAUUUAAAAAAAGCUAAUGGUCAAUAUAUUUCAAUAGUUCAACAAUGCCUUCUUUUAAAAAUUCCACAUUUCUUUUUAGGUAGGGACAGGCUAACUGAAUUGACAAGUAUCGGUACAGCUAUAUUUAGCAACCCCAAAGAAAUAUUUUCAUUAUUAUAUUACUUUCUUAUUAAUAGUGAAAAAAAUGGAAAGAAUAGUAGUACUACCUCUAGUCAACAUAAGAGGGAACUAGAGGACAAGGAAUAUAAUUUACAAUUUAAUGCCCCCAAUUUUUAUAACGCAUUAAUUGUAGAAAAUGCUUUAUAUCUAAUAUACAAUAUUCAUGCAACCUUGUUAAAAAUAGUGAAAUCAAAAUAUUACAUACCUCCCCAUGGUAGUACCGCCUCUACCUCUACUUCAAAUUAUACUAACACGAGUAAUGGUAUAAAUAACACAGAUGUUAAGAAAAAUGUGAAGCAAAGAAUAUUUUCCUUUUUCAACGAAACAACGUAUGACCAAAUAAAUAACAUAAGAAAUCAAAUUAGAAGAACAGAAUUAUUUGAUGAUUACAUAAUAUCUACAGACAAAACAGAUAUAAACAUUUUAAUUGUUUGUGACAGUAUAAGUGUUGACUAUUUUUACAACUACUUACAAAAAAACCUCUAUCUAUGGCAUACCAUUAGUCCGUUCUAUAAUGAAUUAUUUGCCUUGGAAAAAAAAAACAUAUAUAAAUUUGUGUUGUCUUUGUUUUUAUUUAUAAUUGCACCUCUGGCCUGGGCACUUACCUUCCUAAUCAGAUAUUUGUACUAUCUAUGGGUAGAAUAUUUUACUAAAGGAAAAGUAAUAACUGUUGGAGGAGAUUUAUUUUUUCAAGAUUCUAAACUAGUUCAUGCAAAUGAGCACACCAUAAAUUCUGAAGAUAAUUAUGAUAAAUUCAUUAACUCUAUAAACAAUAACACAACUGAAUUUGAGAAGGUAAGCCUGCUAGGUGGUCUACUGCAGUGGUUCAAAAAUAAAAGCAGAAAUUAG